CCUAGGCCCCGCCCACCCAUCGCCUUUGCCACCCUCCAGCGGGCGAAAGAAAGAGGCAGGUAAGGGGAGGCCGUCCAAAAACGCCAGGUGUCAGGCCAGGGUGGCUAAUGGAGGGCGGCUUUUCUGGUGAGAUGAAACGGGACGGCAAAUCCCACUUCAUCCCCUUUCGGCUAUGACAACAUCAUAGUCCAAACUCCCAUUUUAUAAAGAAGGAAACUGAGGCUCACUGACUAGACAGACGUUGCCCAGAGUCGUGCAUGGAGGAAGCUUGUGCUGGAAUGGUGGCGAGGAAACCGGAGCCUAGCUCCCAAUGCAAGGCUCUUUCAUUCCCUUAGCCACCCCCGCCCCCGCCAAAACAAACAAAACACUGUCAUUCGCACAUGACCACGGACUCUGCGCGCCGGCCGCAGGCGGAGGACGGGGAGGAGCGCGCACGAGAAAGCUCCCACGCGCCCGCGGCUCGCCUCCGACGGGAAGGCGCCUCUUCCGACCGUCCUGGAUUAAAUACUUCCUACCGCAGAAGACUUAUCUCGGGGUAGGGCCGCAGCCGGAUUUCCAAAUCGCGGGUUUGAUUUUCGCGGCGUCCACUCCGCGACGCGCGCAGGGAGCGCGCCCGGCCACCUGCAGCCUCGGGCUGCGGCCAUCUUUCCGCCUGGGGCCACCUGGCCUGAGCCCUUGGUGCCCGGCCCGCUCCGUGACUGUUCUUCUUGCCGCUACUUACAGAACUCAGCCGCCUCAGCGUCUUAGAGUAGGGGACGGCAUGCACGCGGACCCUGCCCGCCACACCUGCAGAGCAGGGAGCACUUAGCCCUGGACACUUACCGGGGCCGCCACCCCGGUCCACGCACGUGAUGACAUCUCACCUGGGGCAGCACACCGCCCCGAGUCUGCGACACUGAUAACACCCCCCGGGGGCAGGAAAGCGCCACAGCCACCCCUGGUCCCCUAGAUUGUGUGAGGCUGGCAUUUCUGCGCGCCUCUUGGCGUGGACAGCACGCUGGACCGAGAUGGAGCCACAGCUUUCUCUUCCCAAACCCUGGCCUCACCGUUUUGUUUCAUACCUCACCGUUUGUUUCAAACCUCGUGGUGUUGAAAUGAUUAAAUGAGAUAAGGGGUGUGGUAGUGUUGGGCAAACCGCAAGAAAGCGGUCUGGGUGGGGUCAGGCCCUAAAAUCCUCCUCCCCCACCUCCCUGGCUUCCUUGCCUGGCUGUUUCCUUUCAGCCUUUAAACAGGCUGGCCUCUCCAAGUCCUAAAAACAAAAUUAUCAAGCCAACCUCCUCCUGUAGUGCCCCCUCGAACUAGCUUCCAAGUGUUGCAUGCGGACCUCAAACAGUGGUCUUCCCUGGCUGCCUCUGCUUCCUCAUUUCUCAACGCUUGGCAUUCUGGCUUCUCCUCCCCGACUCUGACCCUU